UCUUCUCAAUGGAUGAUCAAUUCUAAUUAAAAAAAAUACUCAUACUUCAUGCGUCGUAUCAGUCGUAUGGUUUCCUAUUUUUUAAUAUAAAUGAGUCUUACUACUAUUUUUCUCUUUAAAUGUAAUUAUAAAUGAUUUCAAAUUAUUUUCAAACUACCAUAUUCAAUAGUACAGAACUCAUAAAACACAUACACAUAUUAUUAUUAUGACGUACCUGUUUUUGUUGUGGGCUCAUAGAAUAUUUUAUUUUAAAGCUAUUCUCUAUUAAUCAUUUUGAUAUUGGUGAUUGGCCAGCGACAAUCUAUGCGUUAAACUCACCAUUUUAAAUUUGAAGUCUGUUAUAUUCACUACCAGAUAUACAAAGGAGUAAAAAAUUUUGGAUUGAUAUAACUAUUUGCUUUUCACCGAUUAAUAAUAUAGAACAAUAAUAGUGUACGUUUAUCUUGGAUAAUAACUGUUUGAAUAACAAUGUUAGUUUAGAAGCGGAAAGAAGUAUGACAAAAGUCUACACUUAUAAUAUAAUGAACAAGAUAAAUUUAAGGACAAAAGCUUAUACGGUUGUUUUUACGAUAUUUGUGUUUAUAUUAUACUGUUUAAAAUCACUAAAACCAACUGCAAAUGAAUACGGCAUUAUACACGUCGGACGCGUCUUGCUAUUGACUAAUGAUACAGCUAAAAAAAUAGAAUCUUCGUUGAUUGAAAAAAUUUUCAUUUUUGAAGAACGAACUUCGACCAUAUUGUUUAGUUCUAUUGUUGCUUUAUAUUUUUUUUUAUUUUUGGGAGUUGUGUGCAAUCGUUAUUUGGUGCCAUGCAUACAUAUAAUUUCUCACAGAAUGAAGUUAAGUCAAGAUGUUGCGGGGGCGUCUGUAAUGGCUGCAGCAGUUGCGUGUCCUGAGCUAUUCGUCAAUAUACUCGCGACAUUUUUCACAGAAGGUGAUGUCGGAAUAGGCACCGUAGUCGGUACUGGUUUAUUUAAUAUACUAUUAGUUCCUGGACUUUGUAUAAUAAUGGCUAAUCAAAAGACCAUACACUUGGAAAGCUGGCCAAUCACUCGAGAUGUAUUGAUGUAUCUUUUAACUAUAUCGUUACUGGUAUGGUCAUUGUCAGAUAACAAAGUGUAUGCAUACGAAUCGUUCGUAUUAAUCAGUGUUUAUUUGUUAUACCUAUUGAUUCUCUCUUACAGCUCAUAUUUUGAAAAAAUAUUUAAAUGUAUUUCUUGCCAGGAGGAUAAUGUUUUAGAAGAACAUAUCGAAAGUGAGCCAAUUCUUUCAUUAAACGGAAUUUCAGAAAAUGGUUUUCUUAUUCACGAGCAUAUUGUAUUGCCUAAAUGGAAAGAUAGAAUUUGUGAUAAGCUUUUAAGCUUAAAAGAAAUAGUGGUGUGGCCUAUCGUUUUAGUCCUGAAAGUAACUGUUCCGAGUAGCAAUAGUUCAGAUAGACUAUUUUGGGUGCCCAUCACCAUGUUCAUGUGCGUAUUUUGGAUUGGAUGUGGAUCAUAUAUUAUCGUAGAAUUAAUUACAAUUAUAGGUAACGAAUUUUUAAUUCCUGAUUCAGUCAUGGGUCUCACAUUAUUAGCGAUCGGCAUGAGUGUACCGGAAAUGGUUUCUAGUAUAGCAGUCGCGAGACAAGGACAAGGCACAAUGGCCUUAUGUACUGCGUUUAGUUCAUCAACAUUUGAUGUUUUAAUUUGUUUGGGCGUUCCGUGGUUCAUCAAAGCUAUGUGGUUCUAUAAAGCCAACUCUAGUGCGUCAAUAGAUGUUCAUUCGAGAAGUCUUGACGACAGUGCGAUAGCUGUUAUGAUCAGUACAAUCGGUUUCAUGUUAUUAAUGUGUGCCAAAAAAUUUGUGUUGACCAAAAGAUUAGGAGGGUUUCUCGUUAGCAUAUGGUUAUUAAUUUGUUCAGCCAUGGUUUACAAUGAGUAUGCAACAAAAUGAGAACAAUUCCUGUAGCUUAAUUGCACAAUUAUUUUGCGUGAUUUGAUGGACGAUGACGCGUAAAUGGCUUGUGCUGUCGCCAAGACAAGUCGUGGAUUAUUGAUAAAGGUUUUGAAAAAUCAGUAUCUUUAGAUUAUUUUAAAGGAGGAUAAACCUAUGAAUAAUAAUGUAAAUAUACUAGGGAAAAAAUCUAAAAUAAUUAAAAUAUAUUUAGUGAAAUCAAGUACAUUAUUAUAGUAGUUAUUCGUGCCAAGAAAUAUCUGUGAAGUAAACGAACGUAUAACGUUAUGUUAGAACAGUUAAAUAAUUAUUGAAGGAAAUAUAGAAAAAUGAAUGUACACGUGCAAAUAGUAUUCAUCAGAGUGUUGAUGCUAAGAAUCAAAUAAACUUUGGGUUUUUGACGUAUUCAGUAUAUGCGUGUAUAAUAAUUUCCUAGAAAAUUGUUUUGUUAUUUUAUUCGAAUAUAAUAGUCACAUGAUUUACAAGUAGUUGGUUAAAAAUUGAAGGUUAGGCUAACCUUUUUUCAACAAGCAUUGAAUGAUAUAGUUAUAUUUUUUUUUCAUUAUAUUUUCAAUUUUGAUUUAAAUGUAAUAUCCAUA